UCUUGUAAGUUGUGAAGAGUGAUGGGACACAGACACGGUGCAUUCCAGAUAUGCAUGGAGUCUCUCUCUCUGUAUGAACACGCAAAAGACCAUUGAUUGUCCGAGAGAACGCAAGCACUGACAUCAGUACUCCAUAUAUUUGCUACUCUGCAUGAACAUAACAUUCAUACUUAAGUUUUGCUGGUUGUGUGUGUGUUUUUUGUUCUUGGUCGAGCCUUGUACUGAUUAACGAGAAUGGACAAGGAAGUGGAGCUUGGUUCCCUUGAAGGUGAAAUGGCCACCCAGCACAUUUCACAACCACAGAAGCGCAAGGGUGGUCUUGUUACCAUGCCUUUCAUCAUUGCAAAUGAGGCACUUGCGAGGGUGGCAAGUUUGGGCCUUUUGCCCAACAUGAUACUGUAUUUGAUGGGGACCUACAGGCUUCACCUUGCCCAAGCAACCCAGAUACUUCUCUGGUCCCAUGCUACCAGCAAUUUCACACCUGUGGUGGGUGCUUUCAUUGCUGAUUCUUAUCUGGGUCGAUUCCUCGCUGUUGGGUUGGGUUCGGCCAUCACUUUUCUGGGAAUGACACUGCUGUGGUUAACAGCUAUGAUCCCACAGGCACGGCCUCCCACUUGCAGUAGCAAUAAAGCUGGAGGCUGUAAAUCGGCAACAGGAGGGCAAAUGGCAAUCUUAAUCUCUGCCCUUGCUCUCAUGUCUGUUGGAAAUGGUGGUCUUUCAUGCUCCUUAGCAUUUGGUGCAGACCAGGUGAACAGAAAAGAUAACCCCAACAACAGAAGGGUCUUGGAAAUAUUCUUCAGCUGGUAUUAUGCUUCUGCUGCUAUUUCUGUCAUAAUUGCUCUCACAGGAAUAGUUUAUAUCCAAGAUCAUCUUGGAUGGAAAGUGGGUUAUGGAGUUCCAGCAGCACUCAUGCUUUUAUCUACUGUCUCCUUCCUCCUUGCCUCUCCACUUUAUGUAAAGAAUAAAGUAGAAUCCAGCUUGUUCACAGGAUUUGUACAAGUGAUUGUUGUUGCCUACAAGAACAGAAAACUUCCAUUACCACCAAACAACUCCCCUGAACAUUACCAUCAUAAGAAGGAGUCAGACCUUGUCGUUCCAACCGAUAAACUAAGUUUCCUGAAUAGAGCCUGUGUUAUCAAAGAUCGGGAACAAGAAAUAGCCUCGGAUGGUUCAGCAUCAAAUCCAUGGAAACUCUGCACAGUAGAUCAAGUAGAGGAACUAAAAGCCAUUAUUAAAGUGAUUCCCUUGUGGUCUACAGGGAUCAUGAUGUCAGUUAACAUUGGAGGCUCAUUUGGAUUGCUGCAAGCUAAGUCCCUGGACAGACACAUCACCUCACACUUCCAAGUGCCACCUGGCUCUUUUAGUGUAGUCAUGGUACUUACAAUAUUUUUAUGGAUAGCUCUCUAUGACCGAGCCAUUCUUCCUUUAGCAUCAAAGAUAAGAGGCAAACCGGUUAGGAUCAGUGCAAAGAGAAGAAUGGGACUUGGCUUGUUUUUCUCUUUUAUCCACUUGGUAACUUCGGCUAUUGUCGAAUCCGUAAGGCGAAGGAGAGCAAUCAAGGAGGGAUAUCUUAACAAUGCCAAUGGUGUGUUGCAUAUGUCUGCAAUGUGGCUUUUCCCACAACUUUGCUUGGGUGGAAUAGCUGAAGCAUUCAAUGCAAUAGGCCAAAAUGAGUUCUAUUACACAGAGUUUCCUAGGACCAUGUCCAGUGUUGCUGCUUCCCUUUCUGGACUGGGAAUGGCUGCAGGAAACUUGGUGUCUAGUUUUGUCUUCAGCGUUGUACAAAAUGCUACUUCAAGAGGGGGGAAAGAAGGUUGGGUUUUGGAUAACAUUAACAAGGGUCGUUAUGACAAGUACUACUGGGUUAUUUCUGGACUCAGUGCUCUUAAUAUAGUGUAUUAUCUAAUAUGCAGUUGGGCUUAUGGACCUACCGUUGAGCAAGUACAAGUACGUAAGUUAGGUGAAGAAAAUGGCUCAAGGGAAUUAGAACCUUCAACUGAAUUUAGGAAUGGGAGUCAGGUUGACAAAGAAUUCCAGAUUAGUAAAGAAAAUGGCUCAAAGGAGGAAGAAGAGUUAACUAGGUGAUAUGUUGAAUUGCUCCUCUAGGCAUAUUGUUGAUCGGGCAAAUACACUUAAUGCCCAGUGAUUCACUCUCAAAUAAUAUCUUUUUUUUCUCUCCAUGUUUUGACCAGUAGUCGCAUUUAUAAUAAGGCUAUAGAUGAAUAUACACACAUAUAUUAUGUAUAAUCGGUUAGUGUAUGAAGAUGCGAAUAAUACUAUAAAAUGCUGUAGACCAUAAAUUUUUCUGGAACCCUUUUGGUUCUGUUGAGAAAAAAAAAAUUA